CCACUCCCACUCCCACCCAACCUAAACCAAUACUUCGUUGCCUCACCCGCACCCAAAUCUCCCGUUUCCCUCUACUACCCAAACCUGCAUCAGUGGCGGUGCUAUGUGAAAGAAUGUUAAUCAUGACAACCGCAAAAGGAAGACCAACGUCGGCGCCAAAGACCUCUGUGGAGCCGAAGUUGGCGAGCUUAAUUACUACGGCGCAGCUUUUAGUUUUUAUUUAGUUGUCAUGUUUUUCCUCUUUUUCAGUUUUUCUAAUUAUACUUUUUUUAUUUUAUUUUUAUUAUAAUUUUAUUAAAGAUUAAAUAGUUUAUUCACAUGAAAAACGAUUAUAAUUAAUAUAUUUUUAUUUUUAUGACUAAUAUUAACUUUUUGUUGAACAAAAAAUGGUUAUUUAGAGGCAUGUCUAAUUUUAAGAAUUCGUUUUUAAGUACACGAGAUAUGCUUAUGCAUGCGUUGGCAACGAGCACUAACAUAUCCGAUGUUCGUGUGGCACGAGCAUAACAACCAUGAUUAAUUAUUGCACCAAAUUAACAGUAUUUGUGCACUAAAUCAAUGUUUUCAAAACAUUUAUAAAAUUCAUCCUAAAUUUGAAUAGAAUCUAUAUACUAUUUUAAAACUUGUAAAUAUAUACAUCUUUUUUAUCUACCACAAACUAAAUGGAUGGCUUCUAGUUAUGAUACCAUAGAAAUAUCUGACUCUAGCUAUUUAUUAUCUACCCAUCUCCCUAUUUCUCCCCACUGCACUACUACACUAGUACUAAUUCACCAUAUUUUUUCACAUAAAUUCCACUAUUGUCAAAAAUGGAUUCCUUGUCGAGCUUAGCAAAGGGUGGCGGCGAUGCCAAGCCUCAGCCCGCCGAGGAGAAAUCCGCAGCCGCCGAUCUUCUGACGAGCGCCAAAGAAGCAGGGGCCGCGGCUCAAUCCGGGGUCACCAGCGCGCCGGCAAAAGCCGCCGGCGCAGCCGCAGACCUCCUCGACGCCGCCUCGGAAUACGCCAAGCUAGACGAGAGCAAAGGAGUGGGCAAGUACGUUGAUCAAGCGGAGAACUAUCUCCGCGACUACAGCAAGCAGCCCGCGGCCGCCGGAACUGAAGGCGGCGGAGCAGGGGAUUAUAUCAAGAAGGCGCAGGAGUUCUUCACCCAGCCGUCCGAAGGCAGCGCGGCCGACAAGAAGGAACCGGAAAGUGGGGAGGGAGGCUUGCUCAAGGCCGCCGCCGGUUUCUUUAACAAAUAAGAAUCAUUCAGCUGUUUUAUUAAUAAUUCCUUUUCUUUUGUUUAGUUGUUGAUGUUGUUGGCUUGUUGUUCUAGUGUUGUUGUUGUCAUGUUUCAUGAAGCUGUAAUAAUGGAUUGGGUUAUGGUGUA